AACGGGAAGCACGACGAGGCGUGGAUGAUCCUGAAGCAGGUCCACGACACCAACAUGAGAGCUAAAGGUUAUCCAGAAAGAGUCUUCUCUCUACUACGGCCUGACCGUGUGGUUCCCGGACAUGAUCAAGUACCUGCAGAAGCAGGAGUACGCCUCACGCACCAAGGUUUUUGUCAAGGAGAGAGUGGAACACGUCACCUUUAACUUCACACUGGAGAACCAGGUCCACCGUCAGGGCCAGUACUUCAACGACAAGUUCAUGAACAUGAAAAUGAAAUCGAUGGUGUUUGAGGAUUCACUGUUUGAGGAAUGUUAUUUUGAGGAUAUUACCUCCAGCAGCACCUUCUUCAAGAACUGCACCUUCAUCGCCACCCUCUUCUACAACACCGAUCUUUUUAAGUACCGACUGAUCAACUGUAAGCUCAUCAACAGCACCUUCCUACACAACAAAGAGGGCUGCCUGCUCAGUGACAUCAGUGAUGAAAAUAAUGCCUACAUGGUCUACUUUGUCAGUUUCCUGGGCACCCUGGCUGUGUUACCAGGCAACAUUGUGUCUGCGCUCCUCAUGGACAAGAUCGGACGGCUGAGGAUGCUAGCCGGCUCCAGUGUCAUCUCGUGCGUCAGCUGUUUCUUCCUGUCCUUUGGGAACAGCGAGUCGGCCAUGAUCGCCCUGCUCUGCCUGUUCGGCGGCAUCAGCAUCGCCUCCUGGAACUCCCUGGACGUGCUGACCGUCGAGCUCUACCCCUCUCACAAGAGAACCACAGCGUUUGGCUUCCUCAACGCUCUGUGUAAGUUAGCGGCGGUGCUGGGCAUCAGCAUCUUCACCUCGUUCGUGGGCAUCACCAAGGCCGUGCCCAUCCUGUUCGCCUCGGGGGCGCUGGCGGUGGGCAGCUUCCUCGCGCUCAAACUACCCGAGACGAGGGGUCAAGUGCUGCAGUAGUGUGGCACCAGCAGCUUCGCAGAGGGCAGGAAAGGGUUUCUGCCACACUGUGAGCCAACUGCUCCGGAGCCCACCUCAUUCUGUCCUCUGAACCCACCCGUAAUUACAAACCUAACCUGUGAUCUGUUAAAGGUACUCAGUGCAGUGUUAUAAAGAAACUAAACCUGCACAGUUUUUAACACUGACAUGUGUGACCUGAUGGUUUUAACGUGUUGGUGCCUGUUCACACUAAGAUUAGUAGAGAAAGCAGAUAGAAAUAUCUUUAAUCUGAAACACUUCUCAAUCUAAAUGGUUUUUGGUGGAAUCAGCUGAGGCGUUUGCUUAUUUCAGCUUUGUCUAUUAAUAUAUCUGAACAAGUACUGAAGUUAACUUUCAAACUGCAACAUGUGAUUUCAUUCCUUGCAAUGAGUACCUUUAUGAUUACUGAUAAUAAAUCUGUGUCAAAAAUAUCCCAGAAAACCUUUCUAAUCAAGGUUUAUUAUUGAUAAUUACCUGAAAUUGGAGAAGAUAAAAAUAUGAAAGGGUCAGAGGUCAGUGGACAGGGGGCUCUUGACAGAGUGUAUGGCACAGGAUGAGGGCCAAAAUUAAGACUAUUGUGCAACCAGCGGUUUCUGCAUUCUUGUAGCAGGAGGUUAUAUCCAUAAGUUAAUUAUUGAUCUGAUUAAUGAUAGACUGGUACCACUAACUGAGGCCCUCACUGGCAAAUAAGAAGGAGACUAUUCCUUUGUGCUAGCAUCGGGGAGGCUAUGCCCAGGCUUCUCACCUACUUUAUUAGACAAACCUUUUUGAAUAAAGUAAAUUUUCUCAAUAAAAAAUGGUUGACAUAUAAACUUAUAAGCUCCAUGCACUGACAGGUGUUCCUUCGACAGAAUUUACUGUUCAACAUGACGUCAAGAUAAAUAUUAAACAUAAAACAUAUUACUGUGAAGCACACAGCUUUAGUUACCACCGGAAUUAGCAGAUGGGUUUGCCCUUGUUUAUUGGUUAAUGGUGGUGUUUGUUGUUGUUUUUCUCUCUUUUGCCAAAUUAUAAGAAAUAUCUGUAUAUAAUAAAUUACAAUUCAAUAUAGAGAAGCCUAAUUUAAUACCCUGUCAAAACUGUAAAAAGCUCAACUUGAUAGUUCUGGCUCAUGAUUCGCUAGCUUCUCCGAUGCUAACACCAGCAUAUCCAUGCUAGUUGCUAACCUCUCAGUUACCAGGGCCAGCUGCUCCAAGUGGGGGUCUCUGCAGAGCAGAUUGGACUGACAGUUUCCAGCCCAAACACAACGUAAAACCUGCCCAAACACAAAAAACAACAACAACAACAACAACAACAACAACAUAAUAAUAAUAAUAAUAAUAAUAACAUUUAAAAAAAACGUCCAAAUCUCAACCUCUGACUGUGUGUGCAAUAUAAAAAAGUUUAGAUUACUGAUAUAGCCUACCCAUGUGUACAUUAUACUAAUAAACAAAACACCACAUCUGCAGUGAAUCAGUAUUUACAUUUUUUGUAGCUCUGAAAAGACAGCGUUAGAGAGACUGACAGUCAUCUUUAGAAUGAAAACUUGUAAAAGAAAUAAAACAGAUGGGGAUGAUAAAAUGUUUGCUGCAAGCAUAUGCAUAAGAAAAGUCAACUAAUAUUCUUGUUUUGCAGAAGGAGGGGGUUCUCAGAAACCCACUCUUCUCUUUGGUGUGUUUACAGUUGAUAUUAACCAACACAAAUUUGCAGUGACACUUAAUAGUUUGAUGUAAUUUCCUUAUGAAUACUUUCUAAAAACCCACCAAAUGUGGUUAAAAGCAGCUCAAAUUUUAACAACCCACCCACAGCUGUUUUUUCCAGCCCACUGUGUUUAAAAAAAACCCAUUUGGACAGAAACCAGCCCAAUCCAGCAACACUGCGAGGCAUUUCUAAACAUAAACACUGACUGGCUAGUUGUAUUUGCUCUGUUUUUCGAAAAGUUGGUUCUUCUCUUUCGUUUUUUACUUUCACUUUUGACUUUAACUACUUUUACGUUAAUUUUAGCAGCCAAAACUGAGGCAUAGGGGUUAAUUAUUAGGGUGGGAAAGGCCAAAUCAUAGAAUCAAGGGGUUAAUUUUAGAGUCAAAUGACUGGAGAGGGAUAAAUAAUUCCAACAUGGAGCUCUAAAGGGUCUCUUUCCAAAGUAAGCUAAUAAUAUAAAGAAAGAAACAUGAUGUCCCAGUGGCUUUCAAACCCCAAAA